AGCUUGUUAAGUUUGAAACUAUUCUAAUUAGUCUGUAGAGCAAACAAUUUUCUACAAACUGGUAUACUUGUUGAAUUUUCGUCUGCUCGUCUUCAGUCUUGUAGACACGUUUUUCAGAUAGCUCCAAAAUCGAUUUUGGGGCUGUUUGUAUGAUAGCUGUAUUUUCAUAACUAAUCAACAUUCAGAGCCAAGACACGUUUCAUUUUGUAGAGAAAUGUUUAAUGUACUUAAUUGUGUAGUUGCAAUUUUAGAUUAGUUUGUAGCUUUACUGCAAUAAUCUUUUGAAAAAGAGCGAAAAAAGGAUACCGUUAGCUGGACAAGCCGCCUAGCUGAAAAAGGGAUAAAUGUCUAUUUCACAGUGAACACACGCCUAACAAUUUUCCUGGUAUUAAUUGACUUUAACAUUACAAAACUUGUAGCUUUCUCGACUGAAUUACACCUUUUCCCUCGAUGUAUGUCAUUCUACUUUUUCUUUUCAAGAACAAUCAAUGACAUAUGCAACUUUUUUCCAUGUUAACGAUGAGAGUCCUGUUUAAUGGAUGACGCUAAACAAAUAAAUGAAGAUACUUCAUAAGACUAUCUAUACCUUUUUUGCGAUAAAUUUCAACAUUGAAUUUAUGCUUUUUUUAUUUUUUAUCCUUUUUCUCGCUUUUCUCUACUCGUGGUUAUACCACAAACAACUGUACGUCUAACCUUUUAAAAUGAGUAGCAAAAAAACAUACGUUUUUUCUCACUAAUGUCAACUUAACUAAAAACUAUUUCUUGAAUUUCAACACAUAGCUAUGGAAUACAAAGUACUAUAAUCUACCUAGAACACUAAUUUUAUGUCUUUCAUUUUGUACAAUGAUAUUAAUUUCACUUUACUUUGUAGAUGGGAUCCAUUCAUUUUUUAAUCAUUACUUUCUUAAUCAAUUUGCUUAUCUGCAGUUCCUAUGGCUAUCGGGGACCAUUUCGUCGAAUGGAAUCAAAACGAGCACCAGAUGUUCUAGGUCCAAACGAUGAUCCCGGUGAACCACUCUUUUUGACACCACUCAUUGAUGCAGGAAAAAUUGACGAUGCACGCCGAUUGAGUAGUGUUGAAUUACCACCAUAUAAAUCACAAUCGUUUUCCGGCUAUUUGACUGUUAACAAGGAGCACAAUAGCAACAUGUUCUUUUGGUUCUUUCCUGCACAGAGUAAGGUAACUAACUCACCCCUUUUAUUAUGGCUUCAGGGAGGUCCAGGUGCGUCAUCAUUGUUCGGCUUAUUUACCGAAAUUGGACCAAUCUUGAUCGACGCUAAUGGUGUUAUCCAACUACGAGAUAUCACAUGGAAUAAGAACUAUCAUUUACUAUUUAUUGAUAAUCCAGUUGGUACAGGAUUUAGCUUUACAUCGGAUGAUGCCGGUUAUGCUAAAAAUCAAGAUGAUGUUGCAAGAGAUCUCUAUUCUGCGUUAACACAAUUCUUUCAAGUUUACUAUGAGUAUCAAUCAAGCCCAUUCUAUGUCACUGGUGAAUCUUAUGCUGGAAAAUAUGUGCCAUCAAUCACACAUAAAAUUCACGUAGAAAAUCCUCAAGCAAAAGUAAAAAUCAAUCUCAAAGGAAUGUCAAUUGGAGAUGGUUUAUGUAAUCCUUAUGAAGAAUUUGACUAUGGGCCAUUUCUUUUCCAGAUUGGUCUUAUCGAUUCUCAUCAAUUAUCCUUUUUUCAACUACAAACACUACUGGGCCGGUACGCUAUUGAACAAGGUCGUUAUGUGGAUGCAUUUCACAUAUUCGACAGUUUAUUAAACGGCGAUCUAUUAAAUACAACAAGUUACUUCUACAAUGUCACUGGCAUAAAGAAUUAUUUCAACUAUUUAUUAUCAAAUGAGCCAGAAGAUGAAGGUUAUUAUGUUCCAUUUAUCACCUCAGUUGCGCGUCGAAAACAAAUUCACGUUGGAAACAUCUCGUAUGGCGCACAAAGUGAAAUAGUUGAACAAAUGCUCUUAAACGACGUUAUGCAAAGUAUGGCACCUCAAAUAGCAAUCAUAGCGAAUAAUUACAAGGUAUUAAUCUAUAAUGGUCAACUUGAUGUCAUCAUCGCUGUUCCAUUAACAAUGAACUGGGUAGAUAAAUUAGAAUGGCAAUAUGCUGAUGAUUUAAGAACAGCAGAUAGAUUAGUAUGGAAAGUUGAUCCAAACGACCCCGAAGUAGCGGGAUAUUUGAAAAAAUCGCAUCAAUUUUACUUAGCAACUGUUAGAAAUGCCGGACACAUGGUACCUCAUGAUCAACCACGGGUGGCACUCGAUUUGUUAACCAAAUUUCUUUCAGACUAA